AUGUCCCAUACAGACAGCUCAAUAACAUAUGAACUUUUAUCAUCAAAAAGUCAGCCAGUCAAUGAGUUUGCGAUUGAUUCGACAUCAGGUGUAGUUGAACUUAUGAAGAAACUUGAUUACGAUCAAGACCCAUUGAGCAGGCAAUAUCAAUUAAAAGUAUUGGCUAUUGACAAUUACAAUUCACCAAUCACAGGAACCGUUGACUUAAUUGUGAAUAUACUGGAUGCGAAUGACAAUGCUCCGACAUUCUACUUAUCUCAGUACAGCACUCAAAGUAUUCCAGAAGAUGUUAAAAUAGGAACAGAAAUAAUUAAAGAUAUAUGCUUUUUAAACAAGACUUCUACAAGACGUAAUUUAUCAGACUCAUAUUUAUUUAAGUCCGUGAUUUGGCUGACGGCCGUUUCGGCUAGUGCCAUCGUCAGAGCCUAA